UUCCACAUCUCUCUCUCUCACACGCACACAAGAGAGAACGUCACAUGUAAGGGUUAGUCACUCCAGCAGGUUUCCGCAGGGGAAUACUUUAGCUUCCACCUAAUGACAUUUCUUACAACUGUGCAGUCCACUCUGGACUCAUGACCAAGCGGUCCUUCGGUCUGUCUACUUACUUUCUAGAGUAACGAUUGUGGAGUUGUACACGUUGAAGAUCUGCCCUCGGUGUGUUAACGAGGGUUUACUGCUGCAUGACAACAUCGUGCGUGUGUGACGUCAAAGGAACUGGUGCAAUACAGAAAAAUAAUUCUUUCCGUGAAAUUUCGGUUUCGCGGCAGACAGAGGAAGGGGCCAGAUAAGAGUAUUCUUCUGAGCAAACAGACAGGAAGGAGGAAAGAUGACUUCAUGUGUUGAUGCUGACGUUGAUGACAACAUCGCUUUCCCGGUAGGCACAGUCAUCUGCAGUCGGGCCUCUACGACGACUGUGCCGACGAUAGAAACCUCCGCGGAUAGUUUUGAACAAGUGACUACUCCAGAACAGAUUUUAGGCACAGCCACUGGCGGAAGCACACAAGCGACCGAACGGACAACAAUGACAUCUACAUCUGUUGCUGCUGCAACUACCAGAGCUCCUUGUAACGUGAACUUAGAACAACUCAGUGCUGUUUACAACCUCGACAAUAUACGACAACAAUGCAACGAGUUUCACGCCUGUACCGUGGAGCUGUAUAAGUCUGAGAACCUUCACCGCAUCCUGGCCGGCGACAACAUUCAGCUCCGUAACAUCUGUGGGCUGAUGUACCGAAACAACAACAACAGCAGCUACCGGAUUCUGGAACAGCAGUGCUCAACUCAGGAGAGAGAAUCCAUCAAAGGCUUGCUGGAGGAGAAGUUGUCGUCUGUGUUUGACGAUCCUUCUGAAGGAGAAGGCACCGAGACUUGGUUGAAACUCAAAACUUGCCUUGACGGAGCCCCUGACGACGACCAGUACAUAAAUAAAUUGUGCAGGUUGAAGGGAAACUCCACAGCUCCACUGUGUAAUCAACCUGAUGUGCAGAAGACAACAGAAACGUUUUUCAACGCCAAGCUGAGAGAACUUCACUGUCAAUGUGAUGCUGUCAUCAACACACCCGCUCCAUCCUUACCUCUGAGGGCGCUGAUUGGCGGGGCCUGUGGCGGGGCGCUGAUACUCAUUCUCCUCGUCAUCAUCAUCGUUCUCUGCGUUCGACAUCGAAAGCUCCGGCGUCGUCUGAAGACAGAGUCAAAGCGUUCUGGAAACAAGACUUCACCAACCGACAGUUCUUGGCUUUCCAACCAAGGAAUCCGCAAUCACUCUCAGGCACCCGAAGCUCGGGUGAUGCGCGACAGCCCAGGCAUCAACCUGCCACCCAGGCACCGCGGCUACCCGAGCGUUACAUCCCAUUACCAACAUCCAGCCCCCGCCAGCCCCAGCGACAGCAACUACAUCGAGCUUCUACCUGACGUCGCCUGCAUCUACCGUCAGCAGGGGUUGCCUGGAGACCGCGGCCAUGGACUGGUCAGCAACCAUCCACGGGACCGUCCGUACGACCUGGCCAAGAACGUGGCGCCAUCUCCCGCCACCGAGAGAAGGAUGAGGAUGGAAUGCCCGUCGGGACGAUAUGACAGGCCGCUGGAGACGAUCGACAUGAAAUCCAUGGGGAAGAGCAAACCUCAAGGUGGCUACAACCACCUGGGUCUCCAAAGGGGGACCCCAGAGGUCGGGAAGAGGUCACAGCCGCUCACGCGCCAGGUGGCGGAGUCCGAGGAUGCUGGGGAGCGCAAUUGUUCUAACGAGCACAGUUAUUUUGAAGUAGAGCCCACUGACACUACUAAAGUGUAGAUGAAGGAUCAAAAUUACUUUCUCAUCUGCAAAUUGGGACUUUUAUAUAGAUACCACAGACACUGUGCCUUCUUUCGUUUUUGUUUUGGCUGUUUUGCCUUGUUUAUUUGUCAUGUCAAACGUUUACUGGGAAGCAUUGUCUCUAUUUUUUACUUUCCUGGUGUUUUAUAUAUUUGUUCACUUUAUUUUUUUUUCUUCUUUUGUUUUUUUGUGCGCAAUGAGCAUUCUUCUGAAUGGAUACCUGUGCAUUACAAAUCAACAUCAUCAUCAUCAUUGGCUUUGAUACAAUCACUGUAGACCAGAGCUGAGAAUCACACCUUGUUAUUUUUUUAUUAUUAUUUUUAAGCAAUGUUGGUCUACAGCUGGGUGCCAAAAGAACAAUUUAUUCUAUAAUAUUAUUGAGCAAACUGACUUAACUUCUGUCUGCCAGCGAUAGGCCAACAGGUUUAUAGUCCUUCAGCCAACUUUGGGACAGAGAUGCUUUAGACAGUGUGCUUAAUAUGAAGAAUUAUUUUAAACAUUUGAAAUCUGUGGCUAGAAUAUAGUGCACUACACGUUUAUGUUUAACUAGAAAGAUGUGAACACUUCAUGUGAACAAGUGCAGAUACGAAUGUUUAUACUUAUAUUAGUGCGAUGGCUUAUGUUAAACGUGCAAAAUGUGUUUGUCAAAAAUCUCGUUUAUGUUCGUAUUACAUGUUGAGUAAGUUUUAUAUUAUAAAUUCACCAGCAUGUGUCAAGCUGGCGGGUAGGGACUGAAACCUAAUAAAAUUCAUUAAAUCUG